CAGUCCCCCCACCCCACCCCCCCUUCCGCAGCGGGAAUGACGUGUCAGACGUUCUCCAGCACGGACUCCUUCACCACGCUGGCGGGCGACUCCUCCGCCCUGCCCUUGCUCAUGCACCACCCGGGGGCCGGGGACUGCCUGCCUGUCUCCUCCCACGCCACCAACAUGGUGUCCGCAGUGCCCUCUGGCCUGUCCCUGGUACAGUCGUCCAAGCGCUCCCACAUGCACCUGUCCACCUCUGCCCUGAGCAACGCCUCGGCCAGCCUGCACUACCCCGUGCCUCCCUGUCACUAUGGCAACCAGCAGACUACCUACGGCAUGAUGGCAGCUCAGGAAAUGCUCUCCGCCAGCAUAUCUCAGACCCGUAUCCUACAGACCUGCAGCGUUCCACACCCAAAUAUGGUCAACGGCGCCAACUCCCUGCAAGGUGGGCUGGGACCCUGCCUGUACAAGUUUCCGGAACAUAGCCUGGGGGCCAGUUCCUGCGCCCUGGGGCACAGCUUCCCCCCACUGCCCCCAGCGGUUCUGGCUGAUGAGCACACUCUGGGGGACUUCAAACAGGAGCUGCGCAGGAAGAGCCGCCCCCCGGAGGAGCCCCCAGACAUGGACUCGCCCCAGAUCCGCGAGCUGGAGAAGUUUGCCAACGACUUCAAACUGCGCCGGAUCAAACUGGGGUACACACAGACCAAUGUGGGCGAGGCCCUGGCAGCAGUGCACGGGUCCGAGUUCAGUCAGACGACCAUCUGCCGUUUCGAGAACCUGCAGCUCAGCUUCAAGAACGCGUGCAAGCUCAAGUCCAUCCUGGCCAAGUGGCUGGAGGAGGCCGAGCAGGCCGGGGCCUUGUUUAAUGAGAGGAUUGGCAUCAACGAGAGGAAGAGAAAGAGAAGAACUACCAUCAGUUUGGGAGCUAAGGAGGCGCUGGAGAGGAACUUCAUGGAGAAGAGCAAGCCGUCCUCACAGGAGAUCGUGCGCAUGGCGGAGGGGCUGCACCUGGAGAAGGAGGUGGUGCGGGUGUGGUUCUGUAACCGCAGGCAGCGGGAAAAGAGGGUCAAAACCAGUCUGCACCACAGCUCCUUCCACACGCUGACCAAGGACGGCGCCACCUGCAGGUAGACAACAACAAGAGUGUACGGUUAAUCACUCAGAUAUAACCUCAUUUUUAAAUAGAGGUUGCCUUUUACAUCCCUCUCCUGGAGGACUGUUAUAUGUUUCUGGAUUCCAUUCCAAUAGCAGCUCUUAAAUAUUUAAUUAGCCCAAUCAUUUAUGUGAUCUUACCUUUUAGUGAUAAGCUCCUGAAUGACAGCUGACUUCUCGUGUAAAAUGUUUUACUUCUGUUCUGUUGAUAUGCACAGUUAAUUAAGCCAAAGUAAUUGGUGGAAACAGAAGUUGGCAAGAAGUCCACAAACACUUGGCGCCCCAACACUGUUCUAAGACUAAGACUUGCCAUGUAUCUCAAAGCAGAAAAUUUAAUCAUUAGUUGAUCUGACUGAUUAAAAGAAUGAAUACAAGACGUUUUUCAUGGCAUACAUAGAUAUGUAUGACAUAAUGUGCUUAAAUAGAUAGAUUGAACCACAACAGGCAUUAAAAUAGUUGAGAACAAUUAACCGCAUGUUACAAUUUAUAGGAUGUGAUCAUGAAUGAAAACCAGUACAUACAGAGGGACCCCAGGACCAAAUCAGAAAACCCCCAAGACUGACCACUUGGAUCACUCCCAAUCUACGAUGUCGUUCUUCUGUCAGAACACACACAUAAUAGCACCAGGAGCCUGACCCAUUCAACAUACACAGAUAAUGAGAGAAGAUCACCAGCAGGGAGACCAAGGACUUUCAUCUGCACACACUGCAGUGGCCCUCCAAUGCAUCUCUCAUAAGCGAGGUCUUUGAAAUGAAUUUAGCACACACUCCUACUUGGAUUUCCAUCAAUCCAGUAAGUGUGUUCUGGUUGUGUUUAUAGUUAAUUUAUAGUAAUAUAUUUUGUAGGACUUUUUUUGUAAUGUAUACAGCAUAUGAGUAUAUAUAAAGCAUUUUUGACUUUUUUGACGUUUUUUUCUCAAAUUGUAAUAUAUUCUCUUGAAAUCGGUCUAAGUGUGCCUUUGAAAUGUACUCAUUGAAUUUUUUAUGCACUGAAAUUUGGAUGUCAUACCAUUUGGACCUUUAAUUGCCUAUGUAAAAUUUAUAAGAUUAAAUAAUUUCUCAGGGUCACUGCCAAAGAAAGGACGAAUGAAACAAAAACGUUCCUCCAGAUAAUGCUAAGACUAGUUAGUAAUAACUAAGAACGAAUUGCCCUGGCACAUUGUUAAAAGGCAAAUGUGUACUUGUUCAUAUGUAAAGAUGUGCUAAUGUGUAAGUUUUUAAAUGCAUUAUGUUGCCUGCUGUUCUUUGUGUAUUAAAUGUCUUGUAUGGAUUGCUAGCCUGCAACAAAUAAAGGCAAGGGGGGAGCCCAUGCCACCUUUUAAAAUACAGGAAA